AUGACUGAAGAACCUCGAUACCACUGGACGCAGUCCAAUUCGGGCUUCUGGCACCGAGAUAUCGACGAGUGUGAGCAAUUCUAUCAGCUUUACGCCAACGAAGAACACGGCUGUUAUCCUGUCACGGCAUGCGCUUUGUUCCAAGUCAAAGAUGAGAGCGUGAAUCUGGAUUUCAAUGUUCAAAGUGCUUUGCAAAAUGCCUGGACACUUUUGCGGCAUAAACAUCCGACUUUGGGGUCUCGAAUCGAACGAAGCGAUCAGCCUGAUACAUGGAAACGUGUAUACCGACCUUUGGACUCUGAUGAAGAUGUCAAGUCUUGGCUGGAGUCGACCUUUAAAAUCAUCACGACUAAUGGGACUGCUCUUUCAUGGUUCAACAAUGAUGCACCCUCUUUCCACAUGCCAACGGUCUACAUCGUCAAGUCUGAACUGGACGCACAACAGGCAGUAUUCCUCCGAUGUCCUCACGACAUCACUGAUGGAGUUGGUAUCCUUCACCUGCUAAAUCAGCUCUUUUUACACGCCUCUUCAUUCUAUGGACAGGCCAGCGAGUUCAGAUACCCACUACCUGACAUUGAUCUCGGCACGCGACUCUCUCCAUGCUUAAGAGUCGCUGCUUCCAUCCCCAACGCAUUGUCCGAGGCUCAAAUGCAGCGUUUCCACGACAUUCAAAACACUAAUGGCAACAUUUAUAAUCACACACGCUGGUUGAAUCUGCCACCAACCGCUUCCAACGAUAGUGCACCGAUAAUGAAACGUAUAGCUGUUUCAGUCUCUCGAUCCUUGUCAGACCAGGUCUUGGUUGGUUGCAAGAGCAUCGCUCCAGGAGUCAGCUUGACACAUGCCUUUACUGCUGCUUUAACCAUGACCCUUCGAGAUCUUCAGCCUCGACAAGAUCAGGCUUACACUGCUCGCUACGUCGGUAGAUCCAUGAUCAAUAUCCGCCCUUACUGCCGUGAGCCUUUUGACAGUCCGGACCAUGCCGCAGCUGCAUACCACGCUGUAUCAGCACAAGCUGUUGGUAUUGAUGUAAAGAUACCAGGCGUAGCUGAUGAUGGGACCAAAGUUGAUACCUUACCGGAGCUAGCCAUCAAUGUACACGGCUUCUACCAACAGAUCAAAUCAGAUCCAUCACAAAGCACAUACGAGCAAGCUCUGUUUGCCCCUCAGGUCUUCCAGACUCUCUUUCCACCACCUGGUGUAGACCCAUGGGCCUUUCAAGAGUCACCUUUUUGUCCCGUUUCUCUAUCCUCCAUCGGCAACUUGGGCAACAUAGUCGGUAGUUCUAAUGGUGUUUUUGAACUUUCCAAGGUUUGGGCUGCCAGUCAACCUAUUAACGCUGGAGAGGUAGUGUUUCUCGGUUCAUGGGAUGGCCAAAUUGAGCUUUCCAGUGUUUUCAAUACCCAGUACCAUAAACAGGAAUACAUGGAAAGAUUCAUUACGAAUAUUUUCACUCAUGUUUUGGAAGGGCUCGGUAUUGAUGCGGACGAUCGUGCAAUUGCGGUGGUGGAAUAG